GAAAAAGUUCGGCGCGGCGCGAGUAAAAUUAAAAAUAAUAAUAUCGUGUGUUUAUUUUGAUUACGUAAUUGAUUGUUAUAUGUGAUAAUGAAGAGGAAGACGUCCCCGCUUAAAUGCAUCCAGUGUCACAUCAUUUUCUUGGCAAAUAUGGCACAAGAGAAAAUAAUUGUCAACUUCCCUCUUUUAUGAGAACGUCAAGUGAGAUGAUAUGAAUUUCAAUGAGAUAAGCCAACGACAUCAAUUGACAGCAGCUUUAUCAAUGAAAGUCGUUCAUACGAUGAAAGGAUGUUGACUCAGUUGCAAUUGUCAAAUGAGGUUUUGCCAUUAACAGUACAACCUCAAAGCACAACAAACUGUUCAAGUGAACAUAUGAACUGGAAUCUCGUUUCCGUUGGAUCUUUUGUUUGUAGAAUUUGUCAUCAUUCUGAUACUUCUAGUGAGCCACUUGUAUCACCGUGUAGAUGUAAGGGGACAUUAGCACAUAUACAUUUGUCAUGCUUAGAAAGAUGGCUAAAUGAAUCAUCAAGAAAUCAUUGUGAAUUGUGUCAGCACAUUUAUGAAGCCAUUAAAACACCGCGAUAUCGAUGCUUUGAGUCAUUAAGAAUUUGGCUUAGUAUCGAGCGAAAUCGUCAUAAUGCACAAUCAAAUAUUUUUAUAAUAUUUAUACUAACAAUUGCUACUGCUAGCUACAUUGCAAUUUGUUUAAAUGGUGCAAAUAAUUUUAUCAUCGAGGGAAAAAAAAUUGGAAUAUCCAGUUUGCUUACUCGUUGUGGUAUUAUGUUUUUCCUUACUAUCAUUGGACUUGGAUAUUGCACAGCAGUUUAUCUUCUCGUCAAGGAACAAGUUGUACCGUGGUACAGAUGGUGGGAAAGUACAGUUAAUAUUAGACUUGUUGUGCAGCCAGGUCUUUACCAAGUUGACGAUCAAAUACAGAAAGUCGUUACCGAUAAAAUUGCUGUGUAAUUUCAACGAACUCUGCAGGAAACAUAUUACUUUGAAGAUAAAAUAAAAUGAGUGGUCAACUACGCAACUAAGAUACUAAAUGGGAAUUGAAUUGUUUUUUUGAUCUUGAAACAUGCGUUUACAAAAGAGGGAUGAAAU